AUAUCAGCUCCCGGAACCCGACUCUCCACCGCCAAAAUGGGCCCAUCCGCGGGUCACGUGACGCGCGGUCAGCCAACCAUCGUCCGCGCAACUCUUCAACAAACUGCCCCAUCUUUCCCUUCACCCACAUCAACACACCAAACAUGAGAAGCUCGCAGAUCUUGAGACUUGCCGCCAAAAAAAGCACUGCCCCUAAGGUGGGUGCGCCCGUGGAAAUGUACCCCUUGUUUGCCGCCGUCGGCGUGGCCUUGGUGUCUUUGACUUACUUCACCUACAGACACUUUGCCUACGACAAGCACUUGAGAUUGUGGAAAAACCCCAACUUGUCGACCUUGGACGAGGUGUUGAACAAGGCUGCCGAGGAUGAGAAGACCGGCGGUGCCCAAUAAGCGGCCGGCACCAAAAGUGGCGUGGCGUCAUGCGUUUUUAGAGCUACGUAGUACUUGUUCUCAUCUGUAUGUAUCUAUUCACAAGAGCCCCCGCCCUGGC